AUGCAUAUCCUCUCCGAGCCCGACGUCGCUCAGAUCUUCCGGAGCUUGACCCGAGAGAAAUGCCACGAGUUCAUCGAUGUCCUGGGAAAGGCACUGGUGGCUAUGUCCGCCGAAUCGAAGCCCAAUGUCUCGGAGUCUGAAAAGUUGAUUCAUCAGCCCCUACGCACCGUGUUUGCUACCAAGGCCAACAACUCGUGCAUCUUCAUGCCCGUGUCUGACACGGUCAGCACCGCUGUCAAGGUUGUCACCGUCGCCAGCGGCGGUAUCCAGGGUGUUAUCAACGUCUUCUCACCUGAUGGCCGUUUACAAGGUCUUCUCGCAGCCGCAGAAGUGACGGCGUUCCGAACAGCACUCGCCUCUAUGACACUAUUUGUCCGCUGCACCACUCUCCGCAAGGAGAAUAUCCUUGUGCUUGGAUCCGGCCGUCAGGCAGAAUGGCACGCCCGACUUGCUUUGAUUCUGUACCCGGAUCAAAUCCGCCGAGUUACAUUUGUGAACCGUGGCCGUCAAAGGCUUGACGAGCUGGAACGGGACGUGCUCCGUGGUUUGCGACAACGGUAUCCAAAUAUCAACUUUGCAACAUUUGCAAAGGAAGGCACGGCGGAUUAUGAAGCAAAACUGCUCAGAGAACUACAGGCUUGCGAUGUGAUUUUCAGCUGCACUCCGUCCAUUGAACCAAACUUCUCAUUCUCGGCGCUCCAGUCUGCGCCCAAACAGCGCUUCAUCUCCCUUAUUGGCUCAUAUAAGCCGCAUAUGCAUGAGAUUGACACGGAAACUCUGCUCUCUGGUGGUGGCAAAAUCUAUGUGGAUUCCAAGACGGCGUGCAUGGAAGAGUCGGGUGAAUUGAAUACGGCCAAGGUUACUGAGAACCAGUUAAUUGAGAUGGGUGAUAUUUUGGGAGACUUUAGCCCAUCCCAGGCAAUUGACAUUCCGAAAGGAUGCAAUGUUAUCUACAAGUGUGUUGGAAUGGGUCUGAUGGAUCUUGUUGUUGGGAGGAAGGUGCUGGACGUUGGGAGUGAACAGGGUCUCGGUACUCAUGUGGAUGGAUUCUAA